AUGCCGUCUAGUAAGCCUUUCUUAUCUUUUCUUUUUGGAAGCCUGUUAGACAAUAGUGGCAGGGCUGCGGCCACAGCGGCCGCUGGUCCGGCACUAUCGGCCAAGUCGUCGUCGUCAUCAUCAUCAUCAUCAUCAUCAUCAUCAUCAUCAUCAUCAUCAUCAUCAUCGUCAUCAUCUAUAUCUUCAACUCCAUCCUCCACAACCUCUCCUUCGACUGCGGCAAGUCACCAUCAUCAUAGCGCCUUAUCUGUGUCUUCUCACCACUCUGUGCCACCACCCUCUUCUGGCUCCUAUGUGAACUCAUCCCCGUCCCCUUCAGUAUCACCAUAUGCCUCAGGACCUUUGCCAGCUACAGAAUCAUACUAUCAGCCCGAACAAGGAUCAACCUUUCAAGCGGCUCCAUCAUCUGUUGGGUCUUACUCUAGCAGUUAUAGCUCUUCUUUCCCAUAUUCUAUUUCUCCUACAUCAACUCCAGGACCGAUGCAUGAUCCUAUGACAUCCUAUCUAAACGACCGUAGAAACAGUAUUGGUUCUAUUAGUACCUCUGCAUCUUCUACUGUUGCAGCAGCAGCAGCUGCUACUGCAUCUAACACAUUUGACUCUUCUUCUGCAUAUUACAAUAACCCAAAUAACAACAGUCUCGGCACGAGUCCGGGAUCAGAUAUUUAUUAUAACCAACCUUCACAUUUCAAUCCUUCUUCUUCUCCUGGGGAAAAGUGGUGGAUAGGCGGAAAAGCCUUUGAUGGUCGAGAACGAUACUAUCGAUUGGAGCCAUUCCGUAGGAGAUCCUUUGAUCGGGUAUCUUUUGACAGAAUAUCUAUUUAA